ACUAACUCUUUUCUUAUUCUUGUACCAUCCUAAAUCAGUAAAUCCUUAACCUAAGCACCAUGUGUACGUUAGAGAAGCGUGGCGAUCUCUUUCACCUAACCCUAACCGGUGACGACGAGCACAGAUUCCACCCGGACACGAUCACCUCCGUUCUCUCACUUCUUGAACAAGCUAAAUCUCAAUCUACAAAAGGAUCCGUCCUCAUCACUACCGGUCACGGAAAGUUCUUCUCCAAUGGCUUUGAUCUCGCAUGGGCCCAAUCCGCUGGACACGGUGCCAUAGAACGGAUGCACCAAAUGGUCAAAUCCUUCAAACCGGUGUUAGCCGCCCUCCUCGAUCUUCCAAUGCCGACGAUCGCCGCCUUGAACGGCCACGCAGCCGCCUCGGGGCUAAUGUUUGCGCUGAGCCACGACUACGUUUUCAUGAGGAAAGACCGUGGGGUUCUUUACAUGAGCGAGGUGGACAUCGGGCUGCCGGUGCCAGACUACUUCUCGGCGUUGGUUGUGGCUAAGGUCGGGUCAGGUAUCGCGAGAAGGGAGCUGUUGCUGAGCGGGAAGAAGCUCAAAGGAGAAGACGCGGUGGCUCUCGGGAUUGUGGACUCCGCGGCGCAUGAUAGCGCGGAAGGUGUGGUGGAAGCUACAGUGAGCCUUGGGGAAAGUUUGGCCGCUAAGAAAUGGAAUGGUGAGGUUUAUGCAUCCAUUAGGAGAAGUUUGUAUCCGGAGCUUUGUCGGAUGCUGGAGUUAACGGUCAAUAACUUGGCAACUCACAAUCUCUAGAAACUCUCAUUGUCUUGUUUGGAGAAAAAUGUUUGAAAUAUGAAUAUUGCCGACAAAAGUCAACGUCCAUUUUACUAUCUGUUUCUCACCAAUAAAAAAACAUAGUUAAU